AUGGUUUCCACCAACACCUCCCCCAUCCCCGUCGCCACCUUUGGCAAAGACCCGAAAGUAGCCGAGCAAGUCCGCGAGAAGCUCCUCCCCGACAUCGAAGUCGUCCACUGCUCCCUCACCCUCGACUCGGCCCUCGCCGAGCUCCCCGCCCUCUGCUCCGGGGACACCUCCGUCUCCCCUUCUUCCGGCCUCGGCACAAACGCCGGUGCUUCCAAUUCUUCCUCCCGCAAGGUCCCCCAGGCCAUCUUCUUCGGGGGCGGCUUCACGGACGACGAGUACGAGCAGAUCGUCGCCGCCGUCCAGGCCCGCGCUCCGGGCAUCCACAUGGUCAAGGUCCAGAAGCGGGAUGUUCUCGCCGCGGGCUCGUUCGGGCCGAACCCGGACACUAUUGCCAAGAUUUACAGGAAGAAGAUGGCUGCUCUGGCGGCUGCUUAG